GAAUUGCUGACUUAGAACAGGAAGUAUCGUACCCUCAGCAUCAGAGUCUCUGGCUGCCCAGUGUCUUCCCAGACGGGCCACAGCACCAGCCUGGUAAAGAGUGGAGCUGAAGCCCCUCCCAGCCCAGCCGGGUCGCCCCUGCCGAGGUCUCCAGGGCAUCAAGUGGGGACAUGCUGUGCCAGCGCUCCCUGCUGCUCACCCUGGUGGGUCUGCUCUCCCUCAGGUCCGCCCUCUCCCAGGAGUGCACCACAUACAAGGUCAGCACGUGCCGGGACUGCAUAGAGUCGGGGCCCGGCUGCACCUGGUGUCAGAAGCUGAACUUCACUGGGCGAGGGGAGCCUGAGUCCCACCGAUGUGACACACGGGAGCAACUGCUAAUGAAAGGCUGUGCCCCUGAUGACAUCAUGGACCCCAGGAGUCUCGCCGAGACCCAGGAUGACCUAGUGGGGGGCCAGAAGCAGCUGUCCCCACAGAAAGUGACACUCUACCUGAGACCAGGUCAGGCAGCUGCAUUCAAUGUGACUUUCCGGCGGGUCGAGGGCCACCCCAUCGACCUGUACUACCUCAUGGACCUGUCCUACUCCAUGCUCGACGACCUCAUCAACGUGAAGAAGCUGGGAGGUGACCUGCUCCAGGCCCUCAAUGAAAUCACCAAGUCUGGCCGCAUCGGCUUCGGGUCCUUCGUGGACAAGACGGUGCUCCCCUUCGUCAACACGCACCCCGAGAAGCUGAGAAACCCGUGCCCCAACAAGGAGAAGGAGUGCCAGCCCCCGUUUGCCUUCAGGCACGUGCUGAAGCUCACCGACAACUCCAAACAGUUCCAGACAGAGGUCGGGAAGCAGCUGAUCUCUGGAAACCUGGACGCCCCCGAGGGUGGGCUGGACGCCAUGAUGCAAGUGGCCGCGUGCCCGGAGGAAAUUGGCUGGCGCAAUGUCACGCGGCUGCUGGUGUUCGCCACAGACGACGGCUUCCACUUUGCAGGCGACGGGAAGCUGGGCGCCAUCCUGACCCCCAACGACGGCCGCUGCCACUUGGAGGACAACAUGUACAAACGCAGCAACGAAUUCGACUACCCGUCGGUGGGCCAACUGGCCCACAAACUGGCUGAAAGCAACAUCCAGCCCAUCUUCGCUGUGACCAGUAGAAUGGUGGCAACCUACAAGAAGCUCACCGAGAUCAUCCCCAAGUCGGCGGUCGGGGAGCUGUCAGAGGAUUCCAGCAACGUGGUCCAGCUCAUUAAGAAGGCCUACAAUGAACUCUCCUCCAGGGUCUUUCUGGAUCAUAGCACCCUCCCUGACACCCUGACAGUCACCUACGACUCCUUCUGCAGUAACGGGGUAUCGAAUGUGAACCAGCCCAGAGGGGAUUGCAACGGCGUCCAGAUCAACGUCCCAAUCACCUUCCAGGUGAAGGUCACGGCCGCCGAGUGCGUCCAGGAGCAGUCGUUUGUCAUCCGGGCGCUGGGCUUCUCAGACACAGUGACCGUGCAGGUCCUACCCCAGUGCGAGUGCCACUGCCGGGACGAGAGCCGGGACCGCAGCCUGUGCCGGGGCCAGGGCUCCAUGGAGUGUGGCAUCUGCAGGUGCGAUGCCGGCUACAUUGGGAAGAACUGUGAGUGCCAGACGCAGGGCCGGAGCAGCCAGGAGCUGGAAGGAAGCUGCCGGAAGGACAACAACUCCCUCGUCUGCUCAGGGCUGGGGGACUGCGUGUGCGGGCAGUGUAUUUGCCACAAGAGCGACGUGCCCAACAAGGAGAUCUUCGGGCAGUUCUGCGAGUGCGACAAUGUCAACUGCGAGCGCUUCGACGGCCAAGUCUGCGGGGGCGAGAGGCGGGGAAGCUGCAAAUGUGGCCAGUGCCAGUGCCGGGAGGGCUUUGAGGGCUCGGCAUGCCAGUGCCCAAAGUCCACUGAAGGCUGCCUGAACCGGCGGGGGGUCGAGUGCAGCGGCCGCGGCCGGUGCCGCUGCAACGUGUGCGAGUGCGACGCCAACUACCAGCCGCCCCUGUGCGAGGACUGCCUGGGCUGCCCGUCACCCUGCGGCAGCUUUGCCUCCUGUGCUGAGUGCCUGAAAUUCGACAAGGGCCCCUUGGAGAAGAACUGCAGUUUGGGGUGUAAGAACCUGAGGCUACUGGACAAACCCCCUGGGUCGGGUAAGACAUGCAAGGAGCAGGACUCGGAGGGCUGCUGGAUGACCUACACACUUCUGCAGCAGGACGGGAGGGAGAGCUACAGCAUCCACGUGGACGAGAGGCGAGAGUGUGUGGAGGGCCCCAACAUCGCUGCCAUCGUCGGGGGCACUGUGGCAGGAGUUGUGCUCAUUGGUGUCCUCCUGCUGGUCAUCUGGAAAGCCCUGACCCAUCUGAGCGACCUCAGGGAAUACAAGCGCUUUGAGAAGGAGAAGCUCAAGUCCCAGUGGAACAACGAUAACCCCCUUUUCAAGAGCGCCACCACGACAGUCAUGAACCCUAAGUUUGCUGAGAGUUAGGGACGCUUGGUGAAGACAAGCAG